AUGGUUGCAGGUCACGCCCUAGAAGGUUUCACGUACAAAGAAGUUACCACCCCAGAUCCCAUGUCGUGUUUUCAUCGCUGUUCAAGUGAGUGUCGCUGCAUUUCGUUCAACAUCCAUACAACCAAUAACACCCUGAUCUGCCAGCUAAACGACGAAAACAGGAGCACUAAGCCCCAAGCACUGCUGGCUUCUCCACAGCUUCAUUACUACGAUUUGGUCAUCGAUUACCCUUCUGAGGCUAUCGACUUUUUUUUAAGUAAACUUAACGGUUGUUCUCGUUCAAUACAGGGCGAGUUUUCACUCUCCGGGGAUUGUUGCGAUUACAAUAGCUGCUGCGAAACUAAUCCAUGUCUCAAUGAAGGCCAGUGCACCCCCAAUUGCGACGAAAAGGGAAAGAGAUUCAUCUGCCACUGCUCGCAAAAGUUCACCGGCGCAGUGUGUCAGUUAAGGCGCGCCAGAAACUGCGCGGAGGUUUGGAAUCAAGGAUGGAGGCAAAGUGGACAUUACGUCACUCUUGAUAACAAUGAAAACAACCUGACAAUGUAUUGUGAUUUCACGAGCGAACCAGAGUUUAUAUGGACUCUUGUGGAAUCGUUCUCUCUGGAAAACGUUGACCAAUUUCGACAUAAGCCUUUCUUCAAGACAGACUACGUUGCCGUUAACGAAGUUAAUCCUGAUUGGUCGGAGUACAAGAUGUCACACGCUCAUGUGCAACUCGUGCGAACAGCAUCCACGCACUGGAGAGCCACGUGCAACUACCCUACCCGUGAUAUCGACUACACAGAUUAUUUGAGGACGUCAUUUGAUGAUUUUGAUAUAUUGAUGGAUCCAGAUUUUUUUGAAACAGUUAAAAGUCCCAAAUGCCAAAAGUUUGAAAUGAUUAACAUCCGAGGAAUUUCCUGCCUGGAUUGUACCGCUGGCGUUCUUUAUGGUGGUAACCAUGGAUACACAUUUCACAUUGACAGCCAGAAAAGCGGCUCGGUUGUCGGGUGUCAGUUUGAUGGCUCGAAUGGAGCGCUCAGUUCUGAAGAUAACUUUGGAUACUAUGGUGUACCCAAUCCCGCAUUUUCUUGUACUGAAUCUACAACUUCCACUACGCAAAUCUGGUUUGGAAGGAAAAAAUGACUGUCUCAAAACAUAGAGCAUGAACAUGCAGGGAAAGGAUUCUUGUGUUGGCACGAAUUUUAGGAUGUGUUUGGAAUCUAUUUGGCAUUUGGUCAUUUGGCAUUGUCUUCAUUUGAUAUUUACUCAAGUGGCAUUUACUCAUGUUUGAUCAACUUGCAGUUUCAU